AUGGCGGCGGCGGCCGCGGCGGCCGCCGGGGGCCCCCAGCCGCCCCAGCCCGAGCCGCCGGCCCCCGGGCUGGCGCUGGACAAGGCGGCCACCGCGGCGCACCUGAAGGCGGCCCUGAGCCGCCCGGACAACCGGGCGGGCGCCGAGGAGCUGCAGGCGCUGCUGGAGCGGGUGCUGAGCGCCGAGCGGCCGCUGGCCGCGGCUGCGGACGGCGAGGAGGCGGCGGGCGGCGGCGGCGGCGCGGCGGCCGAGGAGGAGGCCCUGGAGUGGUGUAAGUGCCUCCUGGCGGGCGGCGGCGGCUACGAGGAGUUCUGCGCGGCCGUGCGGGCCUACGACCCCGCGGCGCUCUGCGGCCUGGUCUGGACGGCCAACUUCGUGGCCUACCGCUGCCGGACGUGCGGCAUCUCCCCGUGCAUGUCGCUGUGCGCCGAGUGCUUCCACCAGGGCGACCACACGGGACACGACUUCAACAUGUUCCGCAGCCAGGCCGGCGGCGCCUGCGACUGCGGGGACAGCAACGUGAUGCGGGAGAGCGGGUUUUGCAGAAGACAUCAAAUUAAAUCAAGUUCAAAUAUCCCUUGUGUCCCCAAAGACUUACUAAUGAUGUCUGAAUUUGUGCUUCCAAGAUUUAUUUUUUGUCUCAUUCAGUACUUAAGAGAAGGCUAUAAUGAACCAGCAGCUGAUGUACCAUCAGAAAAAGACCUUAACAAAAUUCUUCAGCUUUUGGAACCUCAAAUUUCCUUUUUAGAAGAUCUAACUAAAAUGGGAGGAGCAAUGCGGUCUGUUCUUACUCAGGUUUUGACAAACCAACAGAACUACAAAGAUCUGACUUCUGGUCUUGGAGAAAAUACUUGUGCAAAGAAAAGUCACGAAAAGUACCUUAUAGCUUUGAAGAGCUCUGGAAUUACCUAUCCUGAGGAUAAACUUGUAUAUGGUAUUCAGGAGCCAUCUGCUGGCACUAGCACUCUGACAGUUAAAGAUUUUGCAGGUGCAACAGGGACAUUGGCACAACUAGAUUCUUCAGAUGAGGAGGAUCAGGAUGGAAGUCAAGGUCUGGGCAAGAGAAAGAGGGUCAAACUAAGCAGUAGCACCAAAGAUCAAUCCAUAAUGGAUGUUUUGAAACAUAAAAGUUUCCUAGAAGAACUAUUGUUUUGGACUAUAAAAUAUGAAUUCCCUCAGAAGAUGGUAACUUUCUUACUCAAUAUGCUUCCAGAUCAAGAGUAUAAGGUUGCUUUUACAAAAACUUUUGUUCAGCAUUAUGCUUUCAUUAUGAAAACACUGAAAAAAAGUCAUGAAUCAGACACGAUGUCUAACAGAAUUGUUCAUAUUAGUGUUCAGUUGUUCAGCAAUGAGGAGCUAGCAAGACAGGUAACAGAAGAAUGUCAGCUGCUGGAUAUUAUGGUCACUGUGCUAUUAUACAUGAUGGAAAGUUGCCUUAUUAAAAGUGAGCUACAAGGAAACCCAAGAAUAUACUAG